AUGAACGAUUCCUUUCGUCUUGACGCUGUUUACGUUUCCCGCCUGUCUGUUGGUGAAGAUUUAUUCGUGGGAGCUUACCUUCUGCUAAUUGGUUGUGUUUUAUUUGGUUUCUUUGGAUUUUUCUUCGGAAUAGUAAGCAUUGCCACAGUAACUGUUAUGGGAAUCAUGCGUUAUGUCAGCAUUUGUCAGCCACAAAUCAAGAUCAAAAGCCGAAGAUGCGUUAUUAUCUCCACCAUGUUUCCAUAUAUCUAUGCUCUGGUCUGGUCGUGUCUUCCACUAAAAUAUUUCGGCAGCUAUAAUUUGGAGCCAUAUGGUACGUCUUGUGCUCUGAAUGGAAGCGGACAAAGGCCUUUCACUAUCAUUAUGUCGAUGUUUUGUAUCUGUAUCCCACUUUUCAUCAUUAUGUUUGCAUAUGGGCAGAUUAUUCUACGAUACCGGAAAAGUGGUCGUAAUAUUCGGAAACUGGCCUUACGAAAACGAAGAAAGUCUCGUAAAGAAUCUUUUCUUCUGAAGAUCACUUUCAUAAUGUUUUGGAGUUUUUUGUUGUCAUGGUUACCAUAUAUGAUUGCGUCACUUCAAACAGCGCACGGAACACAAUCCAUCCGAUUCGCCGUUUUUGCAACUCUUAUGUCAAGAACGUCAACAGUAUUAAAUCCUAUAAUAUACUUUUUGAUGAGCAAGAAGUUUAGACCGCUAUUAGUGCAUACGUGUUCGUUUUCUAAAUCAUUAUUCUCUCCUUUGCAAAGACUAGACAAACUGCAUUCUUUCAAGAUCGUUUUUGAAAUUUUCAACGUGCAUAAUUGGAUAGUUAAUAGUUCGAGUAGUGAAAAAGUCGAUAAACUUUCUUGUUCAGAUGUACGAAAAGUUGACACUAACAUUAUUCUUACCGGAUUCCAAGAGUCUGUAAAGGUCUAGCAGUUUUGUCUGAUGGUCUAAAAUGUUAUGUUCGCAAUUCUUUUCUCGGACGUCUGUCCAUUUUAAUCAGCUUUCCUGGGUAUCUAACUAGUAGUCUGAAUCAACAGUGAUAGACACACGACCAUUAGAUUCAAUGUCACGGUCGCUCAAAGGUCGAAACAGUAAACCCUUGAUAAAAUCAGAUGAUCUUCGUAUUGAUGGGACUACAGAUGUAUUAAUAGUUUCUGUCUGAAUCACAAUGUGUAUUUGUAUGUACAAUAUUAUUAAUGCAUGUUAUGUAUUUGCUACAUUUUUUAUCAAAGUAGUCAGAAUACAAUGUACAUGUGCCAAACAAUCAGCACGUAAUGUUAUUUUAAUAAACGUUCCGCCGAGCAUUGAAUGACUAAGGUAAGAAAUGUAUUGUUUACUAUUUCUGUCAGAUAAAACUUUAUCACAGUUUUAAAUAUAUUUAUAUUUUUUCAUUAUAUUUAUUUGACUUUAACAUGUUGUUAACGCCAUUUUUCUGUGAUAUUUUGUGGCAUGUGCUUUGAAAGUAUGAUUACGUAUUUUUUGAAGAAAUGCUUGGAAAUUGUUUGUGUCUUAUGUUUUAAUAUGACCUAAAAUGUCAAUAAAGCCAUUAUG